UCUCGUUUAGCACCCGACAGUCAGCAGCCGCUUCUUUGGGGAGAUCUCAUGUGUUCUGCGGCUUUUUGCUGGGUUUGCUGUCACCUCAGCUGAAGGUGGAACUCCGGGAAAGUGCGCACGAGCGGGAGAAGGAUGAGUUGGAGCUGGACCGCAAGUCAAAGCUGCGUCGCCCCUCCGGCCCUAGGUGAUGGACUUUGGAUAGUGAAAGUGGAGGAAGACUCCCCCGGAACUGGGGAGUCCGACCGGCCCGGGGACUGUCCGGAUCCCGAAACUUUCCGAUGUCAUUUUAGGCAGUUCCGUUAUCAGGAGGUGGCCGGACCGGAAGAGGCGCUGAGCCGGCUCAGGGAACUUUGUUGUCGAUGGCUGAGGCCAGAGGUGCACUCGAAAGAGCAGAUCCUGGAGCUGCUGGUGCUGGAGCAGUUCCUGACCAUCCUGCCCCAGGAGCUCCAAGCCUGGGUGCGGAAGCACUGCCCACAGAGCGGGGAGGAGGCGGCCGCUGUGGUGCAGUCUCUUCAGAGACAGCCUGCUGGGACCUCACGCCAGGGGUUGGUGACAGUCCAGGAUGUGGCCGUGUCUCUGACCUGGGAGGAGUGGGAGCGUCUGGGCCCAGCACAGAAGCACUUCUUCAGGGAGAGUGCACCGAAGGAUCAUGGGAACGCAGUCUCACCAAGUUCAGAAACCAGAAUUGAGAACAAAGAGUUGGUUCCAAAGCAAGAAAUUCCAGAAGAAGUAGAGUCUCAAGGGCAGUUACAAGGAUUUCAGGAGAGGGCUCCCCUAUCAUCUGAGUGUGGUGAUGCCCAGCAGGACAGGAGGGAGAAGCCCUUGGGAGACCCCUCAUCGCUGAAACGUGAAAAUUCUCCUGAAGAUCAGGGAGUCACCCACAUCUCAGAUCUCAGGAAUGAUCCCAGCAAAGAAGGAGACGUCAGAAACAAAGAAUUCAGGACCAGUGCCGAGGGUUCAGACUUUGUUCCUGGUCCGUAUGUCCCAACAGCAGGGAGACCCAUCACUGGGGAUCAAUAUGGGAACAACUGCCAACACGGGUUAGACAUGGUGAAACCUCAUGAAUCUCUCAACAGUGAGGACAGUUGCCAUCAUUUGGGCCUAUUUGAGACUCAGGGGUGGUUCCAUGAAGAAAGACCUUACACAUGUGACAGCUGUGAGAAGAGCUUCAAACAGCGUUCCGACCUCCUUAAACACCAUCGAAUCCACACUGGAGAGAGGCCCUACACGUGUCCCAAGUGUGGGGACAGCUUCCGACAGAGCUCAAAUCUCAGCCGGCAUCAGAGAACCCACCUGAGGGAGAAGCACUACACGUGUAAGGAGUGCGGGGAGACCUGCCGCACCUCCAGUCGUUUUAGUCACCAGAGGACACACAAGGGGGAGCGGCCCUACUUGUGUGAGGAGUGUGACAAGAGCUUCAAACGCUGCUCCGACCUCUCCAAACACCAGCGGAUCCACACUGGGGAGAAGCCCUACGGGUGUCCUGUGUGUGGGAGGUGCUUCAGUCAGAGGGCGACCCUUGUUAAACACCAGCGGACACACACGGGAGAGAAGCCCUACACGUGUCCCAAGUGUGGGGACAGCUUCCGACAGAGCUCACACCUCAGCCGGCAUCAGAGAACCCACCUGCGGGAGAAGCACUACACGUGUAAGGAGUGCGGGGAGACCUGCCGCACCUCCAGUCGUUUUAGACACCAGAGGACACACAAGGGGGAGCGACCCUACACGUGUGAGGAGUGCAACAAGAGCUUCAAACGCUGCUCCGACCUCUCCAAACACCAGCGGAUCCACACCGGGGAGAAGCCCUACGGGUGUCCUGUGUGCGGGAAGCACUUCAGUCAGAGCGCGACCCUCGUUAAACACCGGAGAACUCACACCGGAGAGAAACCUUACAGAUGUCUCGACUGUGGGGGCAGCUUCAGACAGAGAUCACACCUUGUCCGACACCAAAGAGUCCACAGAAAUAAAGUCCCAUCAUUUUGA